UUGUAUGUGCCUUUAAAGAUAGAAACCUCUUUUUUUCUUCUGAACAACCGAUAGAAACUCUUUCUUUUUCCCUUCCCUUCUUUCUUCUUCAAGGUAGCCUCCAAAGCAAAAAACGAAAGAAGCUAAUCUGUUGUCUGGUCAUAACUUCACAAGAAGCUAUAGGUUGUCCUUAAUGUUGGCUUCUUCUUGUCACUUUCUUCAUUUCUUCUUCUCCUGAAACCCGAAAAAAAAACCGUUAAAUCUAUAACAGAUUAAGAAGAAGAAGAAAUUGGUAACUGCAAAAGCAGAGUAUAUGAAAGAUUGUGAAAUUUCGUUUUUAUUUAGUUAUCCUUUUUGAGAAGAAGAAGAUAUGUCUGCAAAACUUCUGUAUAACUUGUCAGGUGAGAAUCCAAAUCUAAAUAAACAGUUUGGAUGCAUGAAUGGGAUCCUUCAAGUGUUUUACCGGCAACAUUAUCCGGCGAGACCAGUCUCCGGCCAUGUAGAAAAGUCUUUGCCUCCAGGAGAAAGAAAAGAUCUCGUCAGUGAAAUUAACAUGGAAAGUGAUAAAGAAACGGGGAGGAUUACCAAGAAGAAGAAGAAGAAGUCUGCAGUGAAGGAUAAGCAUAGAGCCUCUUCUGAAUCUUCUUCACGGCAUUCGUUUUCCUCUUCUCCACGCUCCUCCAGCUUUUCUUCUGCAGAAGUCAGUACCGCAACUUCUCAAUUCGAUCAGCCUGGUGAGAAUCUGACCAGAGAACAGCUCAAUGCUGGACCGAUGAUGCCGUUUGAUAUAAAGGAGCUUGUGAAAGGCUCUAUUAAUAGAGAAGUGAGAACCAGACGUGACGAAACGACAGCAGCCUUCACUCAGCAUCAGCAGCAGCAGCAGCCAAAUUCAGCUAGAGCUAGCAUGAUGCUUCUCAAAGAAGCAUCAUUGAGAUCACCAUCUCGGAGUUCUAGUGAGUGGAAUGAAGGUAGAGGAAUGGCUGCUAGGCUCAGGGAGAGUCCUCGCUUUUCAUAUGAUGAGAGGGAGAUGAGAAACAAGACAGGCUCCAAGUUGAAAGAGACACCGAGGUUGUCAUUGGAUAGUAGAUCAAGUUGUCCACCAGAGGAACCGGUAACAAUGAGUCACAGGAGAUCAAAUUCAAGCGUGGUGGCCAAACUGAUGGGACUUGAAGUCAUUGCAGACAACUUCGAUACCGAGCAGAGAAACGAGAACCGGUUUUGCGACUCCCCAAGGCCAAUGUCCCGAGUAGAACCAACAUCUCUAGGGAGAUCUAGAAGCGUUGGCUCAAUCAAGAAGCUACCUGCUGCUUCUAAGUUUCCAUUGGAACCAGCUCCAUGGAAGCAGAUGAAAGCAGGAGACGCUGCAUUGACGGUUUACGGCGAAAUUCAGAAGAGGCUUACGCAGUUGGAGUUCAAAAAGGCGGGGAAAGAUCUCAGAGCUCUUAAGCACAUACUUGAGGCUAUGGAGAAGACGCAGCAGUUGAUGGAUGGAAGCAAAGAUAACACGAAUCUGAUGCAGAGAACUCAGCAGCCAGUUCCAGCUGCAACAAGUCCAGCCAUGAACUUCAAACCUUCAUCGAUCGUUGUAAUGAAACCUGCAGCUCCAGUUUCCACUUCACUGCCAACUGUCAAUGUUGGCAACCCCAGACAAAUUCGAAAAGUCACCUCGGGGAAGCAGAACGCGAUGGAUUUAACCCCAAGGCCAGGCCUCUACAAGGGCCAGCUAGAUUCGACCAAGAGCACUAGCCCAAAAACAUUGAGGUCGAGGCAAGCUUUGAGCCAACAGCAAAGCGUUAGCCCAAGAAGGCAGCCCAAAAAGCUCGGGUUUGAGAGGCAGUCACCACCCACUACUCCAAAAUCAGAGCCAGGCAAGAUCCAAAGGCAGCUCGGUAGACAGCAAAUGGAGUCAGUCUCACCGAGAAGGAAACAGGGGAUAAAACCUCGCAGUACUCUUCAGCAGCCUGAUGAACGAUUAGGCCAUGCAAGCAGUGACUUGAGAAGUUUAAGAACUGACAGCAACAUAAGCUUGAGAUCAAAUGUUGACGUCGAGGUUACAAGCAGACGCCAACCGGAGAGAAACUGUGACUUCCCAGAGCUGCACACCCCAAAACAAAGGAGUCCAGACUUUGGAAUCAAACAAGACAGACCAUCUCUUAAACCUCUGAAAGUUACCGUUGAACAACCGAGCCCUGUUUCAGUUCUUGAUGCAGCCUUCGAUGAAGAGGAUUCACCGUCCCCUGUGAGGAAGAUAUCUCUUAGUUUUAAAGAUGACGAUGCUCUACGUGCUGAAGAACCUGUGUGGAUAAAGAAGCCUGUGAGCAUCUGCAGAUCGAUAAUAUUGCCUGAGAAUAAACGGAACCCAACGCAGAAAGACUCUGAUCUCCUCAAAUGCUUCUCUGAAGAAGAUGCAAGCGGCGACCACAAGUACAUCUCGGAGAUAUUGUUGGCAUCAGGGCUUCUAAGAGAUCUUGAAUACAGUAUGAUAAGCAUUCAGCUGAACAAAGCACGUCUCCCCAUCAACCCUGGACUCUUCUUCAUCCUGGAACAGAACAAGGGCAUGGGAUUAAGACAACAUCAGACAGAGAUAAUCAGGAGAAAACUCAUCUUCGAUACCGUUAAUGAAAUUCUAGCUCAGCGGUUCACUGCAGAAGGCUGUACCAAACCACGGCUAACUGCAAAUCCAAUUACAACAAUGGAGAAUAUAUCAAAAGGGGAGCAACUUCUGAAGACGCUAUGUUUGGAGAUUGAUAGGCUACAAGAGAACAACUCACAGUGUGUCUUGGAGGACGACAAGGAGGACCUCACAUGGAACGACCUGCAAUGUCACGGCAUGAACUUAAAGGCGUUUGAAGGUGAGACUCCAGGGAUAGUGUUAGAUAUUGAGAGGAUGAUUUUCAGAGACUUGGUUAAUGAAGUUUGCUUCUGUUAAUUUUUAUUGGUAUCACUUAGAAUUGUAAAUGAAUGAAUCUUACAGAGGAAGAGAACCCUUGGUUUCUGGGUUUUCAACCCUUUUGCCUGUUCUCUUCCUACUUGUUUGUGUAACCAGCAUAUAUAUAUAUAGGUCUAAUUAAUAAAUAA